CUCUGUCUCUCUCUCUCUCUUUCUCUCUCUCUUGACAAUCGUCAUCGAUAUCGUUAAACGAGAUCGAACAGACCUACCUACCCGUUGUAUAAACAAACGUCACGUUUUUAGUGCGAUUCGAAUUGUUUGCUUUUGCCGUGCGAGUGUUCGACCUUCUCGAGGCCGUUCCAGAUGAUGAUGACGAUGACGAUGAUAGGCUCACUGCUGUCCCGCGACACUUUCCAAGCGAUGACGAGAGGAAGCAGCGUUCGAAUGGAAGCAAUAAUCGAUCGUUAAAACUUGAAGAGAGAAAUUCUGGAGCGACGACAUCGUUGACUUCGAGUAAGAAUUCGUGUUGCUACAUAUGUACGUUUCUUUACGUAAGGAAAAAGUACAAGCCCGUUUUCGAAUUUCGCGCCUCGUUUGACUUCGAGAACGAUUGGAUCGUUGUUAAUUUAUAUAUUAAAUUGUUACGAAAAGUUUAUCUCGGAAUCGCCUGCCUUUAGAUCAUUGUGUUCGCUCGAUAGACUAUUUACGUCGUUAACUUUACGAUUAAAAGUUUACGAUUGAAAGGAAGAAGAGGAAAAAUCGAAAAGGAGAAGAAAAAGGAGAAAGGUUAUAUCGAGUGUUCGCGAAAUAUCGAUUGGGACGUCUACGUCGGUGGCGUCAAGUAGGAACGGAGACAACUGUUGUUAAAGAAGAAGUAGAAGUAAAAGAAGAAGAAGAAGAAGAAGAAGAAGAAGAAGAAGAAGAAGAAGAAGAAGAAGAAGAAGUGCAGGAAGGUGGGGAGAGAGGAGGACGAGGACGAGGACGGGCCUUUCGCGCGCGAGCAAGUGGGUCAGUGUCCUGGCCGAUCGCGAGGAGAGACGACGAGGAGAAGAGAAUUUUUUACGAAUAUCUCUCUCUCUCUCUCUGUCAAAAGAUGAGACUGUUCUAUAAUUAUAUUAUACGUUGGAUUAUUGAACUUCGGUGAAAAGUGAGAAAAGAGAGCUGAUUUUAUUAAUUUUUGUCCUCCCUCUUUUUCCCUCCCUUUUUCUCUCUCUUUCUCUCUUUCUCUCUGUUUGUCUCUUUUUUUUCUUUCGUACGACUCAUUUUCUUUUCCUUUCGUUACUUCUGUUGUCAACGUACUCGCAAGUUCCCAUCCCGGGUUUUUCGUUUCGUUUUGUUUUGUUUCCUUUUCUUUUUUUUUUUAUUCUCUCUAUUUCCCCUUGAGUGAAAUUUGUGAGGAAGAAUUCGUUUAUCACGCUGGAUGAUGUGCUGCGACAGAGGAUCAAGCAACGACACGUAACGACACACCAGUUUGUCCGAUGACAAACGUCAAUAGGAUCAGGGUGGUCGUCCUCGGCGGCCCCAGAGUCGGCAAGUCCGCGGUGGUCGUCCGAUAUUUAACGAGGCGAUACAUCGGCGAGUACAGUUCGACCAGUGAUUUCCUUUACCGGCACAGCGUUACCAUCGAUAACGUUACUACCGAGGUGGAGAUACUGGACACUUCCAGGUGCGAGGAAAACGGUUGCCUCUAUUCGCACAUACGAUGGGGCGAGGCGUUCGUCGUCGUUUACAGCGUUACAUGUAAACGAAGUUUUCAAGAAGCAAGAGGACUUUUAAAACAGCUUGCAGAUUUACGUUUACCAUCUUACUUUACUGCACUCUUGCUCGGCAAUAAGAGAGAUCUAGAUCAUGCUCGAGAGGUAUGUGUGGACGAGGGGCAACAGCUGUCAUUGGCUCACGGAUGUCAAUUUUAUGAGGUCAGUGCUGCCGAAAGUCCAGCAGGUGCAGCUUUAGCCUUCCAAGCACUUCUACGAGAAGCAAGAUCGGUUCAGCUUUUACGAGCUUUACCGAUACGUAGAAAGCUCGGUGUUCACUCGGUGUCAAGGGUCCUCGGCACGAUAUUUGGCAAAAAUACAACCAAGGAUCGCAAGAAGAGGCCAUCAUUGAGUAUAUGACGCCUUCUAUGCGCCCUACUCCUCGGAGGUCGCGACGAACCUGGUAGAAGAACCGACGUUGUUGUCCUCAGUAGCAACGUUUAUACGAAUCGUUGAUCGUCCUACUCUCAUUUUUUAUAUACAUAUAUAUAUGUGUGUAUGUAUAUAUGUAUAUAUUUUUCUGUUCUUUCUCUUUACACGAUUUCUUUUUUCCUCCUUUUUCUAUAAUAUCUUCAUACAAAUUUUUAAUGGAUAUAUAUGUAUAUAUAUCAAAGAAAGAUUUCAAGAAUUAAUUCAAGAAUGAAUAAAUAAUCUACAAUUAUUGAAAAAAGAAUUUUCUAAGAUUUGAGGUUUAUACUUUUUAAUGAAAAAAUAUAUGUAUAUAUAUUUUUAUGUAAAAUGUCAAGAAUAAAUUUAAAAAAAGACAAAUGGUAUAAAAUGACUGAAGAAAAGAUAGAAUUGUUGAAUUAAUUCGAGAAGGAAAAAAGAAAGACGAUUUAUAUUUGUCGAAAAGAUUUUUAUCAUUUUUAAUAUGGAAAACAAAAAGGGUUUCUAGAAUUAAUUCGAGAAAUGAAAAGUGAAGAGAAAAAUGAAGAAGA